GUUUUCCGUUUCUUCCUCACGAUUGCACGAACGAGCGAAGUCACGGUCAGCUCGCUUCGCCAGUUCCCUCCCCGAUUACUUCUUCCUCCACCGAGGCGGAGGGAAGCGCCGCCCAGAUCGCCGGAGCCGGAGACCGAGCAGCAAACUCCCCAAUUCCUCGCUGAAGCACUGUAGAAUCAGUUGCUAUUGUUCCUGCCAAUAAAACAUGGAGGGGCUGAGCUGGAGAACGGUGUGUUUAUCGGCGCUCUUCGUCGUGCUGUUCUUGCGCCCGGCGGCGGCCAUCCGCUUUGUGAUUGAUCGGGAAGAAUGCUUCUCGCACAACGUGGAAUACGAGGGGGAUACGGUCCAUGUAUCGUUCGUGGUGAUCAAGGCAGAAACCCCGUGGCAUUAUAGCGAGGAAGGCGUGGAUCUCGUGGUUAAAGAUCCCAAUGGUGCUCAAGUUCGCGAUUCUCGUGAUAAGACUAGUGAUAAGUUUGAGUUCAUAGUCCAGAAGCGAGGUGUCCAUCGCUUCUGCUUCACCAAUAAAUCUCCGCAUCACGAAACCAUAGACUUUGAUGUGCAUGUUGGCCAUUUUUCAUACUUUGAACAGCAUGCCAAAGAUGAACAUUUUGCACCAUUGUUCGAACAAAUUGCAAAGUUAGAUGAGGCACUUUACAACAUUCAGUUCGAACAGCACUGGCUAGAGGCCCAAACUGACCGGCAAGCAGUAUUGAACGAAAACAUGAGCAGGAGGGCAGUCCAUAAGGCGCUCCUCGAGUCAGCGGCGCUGAUCGCCGCCAGCGUCAUCCAAGUCUAUCUUCUCCGCCGGCUCUUUGAGCGCAAGCUGGGGACAUCUAGGGUGUAACGCCCUAGUAGCAGCUCGGCCGCUCCGCAAGUAGUCAUGAUCCCAACUUAACUGUUAUACUGAGUUGUAUGGCUUCUAGAUCUGCUAAUACUUACUUGUUUGUGGAUUCCUGUUACAUGCAAUCUUUUGUGAUUCUAUAGAUGAGAACUCUGAAAGUUAAAUCGUCGUUAGUGCCAUGCA